CAUAAUUUCAUUAAUGAUUAACUACACCAAUCCUUCCACUUCGUCUCAGCGAACAAACUGACUGCUAUAUCUAGCAGAUAUUUGAUAAUAUCCUUCCUCUCUCACCAAAAUCUGUCUCUGUCACCACAUGAUAGGUCGGCACGUGCCAUUGACCAUCGAGUCUUAAUUGGAGAAUAAUCUCGUUGAAGAAUACAAAUGGCAGAAUUGAAGGUAGAGGACGCAAGGAGGGGUUAUAAUGAAAAUCAAAUGCAAUACUUACGAACGGAUUAGAUUGUGCCUCAUAUUCAGACCAAGCACGUUCUUCAAUCAGCUCGUUCAUUCCACGUUCUCUUCCGUACCAACCAACCACAUCACUGGGCCCCCUAUUUGCAAGCGUUAUCGAUCUUUAUCGGCUUUCGGACAUCAUCCAAUUCGGUUACCUGGGCCAGAAAUGUCGACUUCUAUUAGGUAGGCUAUCAGCAAAAAGAAGCUAGCCGCUUUAUAGCUCUUUGUCGGAAGAAAGUCUAUCUUAGCAAACGUGCUCUUGAUUAAGAGUAUAUAAGGAUUAAAGAUGAUAAAGUUGGAGCUUUUCGUCAAAACAUUGAGGACUGCACGAUAGAAUGCCGAAACUCGCUGUCUUGGCUGCUCUUCUGGGCGUUGUUAGGUUUACCACUGCCGAUCAGAUCACACUGGGUCCGACGGCAUACACAGCUCCAGGUGCCUUCCCAACAAGCUUCUUUUCGGAAUAUUACAAUGACCCUACCCAGACAGUGUCCCAAGUGCAGCCCAAGAUUUCGGACAGCGUUCUCAACAAAACCUAUCCGCUCGAGCUUACAGAUCCGGACACUAUUUCUACGAACGACACUGCAGACCCUUUGUACUAUCCACCUACCAGACUGCACGGUUCUGCCGCCACCAACUUAUACCAGAAUGUAACUGAUCAAAUCAAAAACAUUGUCACUGGGGACACUCCAUCAAACUGUUCCAAGUGUAUCAAUGCUCUCACUGCUGCGAGCACUCUUGCCAAAAGAGCCCCAGAGCUCGUCCCAGAUCUUUUGGUGUCGUUAUGUAACUACUAUGGCUUCGCCUCCGAGGCAGGGUGUAAUGUAUAUACCGCAAAUGCUCAAGGCCCCUACUACGCUCAAGUUCUUGCGUACGCCGACGUGUCAGGUUACGAUGGUCAGUAUUUGUGUCAAAACUUCAUCACCAAAAGCCAAUGUGCGAGACCCCCUCUCCCGACUUUCAAUGCGAGUGAUUUCUGGACCAAGCCAAAGCCGACCAACGCGAAACCCCCUGUUCCCAAAGGGACGGAUCGAAUCAAGGUCUUGCAUAUGUCGGACUUCCAUAUUGAUCCUCGAUAUGCUACGGGAUCUGAGGGUAACUGUACUUCCGGCCUUUGCUGCCGUCGUGGCAACCCGGUAGAAUCCCUCAACUCCAACUAUACUGUCUCCGUCCCUGCGCCUCGGUUCGGUUACUUCCUAUGCGAUACACCUUGGGCUCUCGGUGCAGCUGCAGUGGAAGCGAUCCCGGUGUUGACUGGAACAGAUGAAGAUGAUGCAUUCAAUAUGACAAUCUUCACUGGAGACAUGGUGUCUCAUGACCCUUAUUACGAGUUGAGUAGAGAUUACAUCGAGUAUACGGAGACGGCUCUGUACGACCUUUGGAAACAGACUCUCAACCCCACCUCUCCUUUGUACGCCGCUAUCGGUAACCAUGACUCCUAUCAACAGGCAUUCGAUGCGCCUUCUUCCCUUCCCGGAAAACUUAGGAAGCAAUCGAGUUGGAACUAUGAGCAUCUUGCCGGAUUGUGGGAAAGUGAGGGAUGGAUUGAUGGGGAAGUUGCUCAAAAGGUUAAGACCCAUUAUGGUGCUUACUCCAUUCAACAUGCGACAAAUCUCAAGAUCAUCACCAUCAAUACCGAUCUCUGGUACCGCGCCAACAUAUUUGCUUACAUCAACUCUACUCAUCCUGAUAACUUUGGCUUCCUCAAGUUUUUAGCCGAAGAACUGCAAGAAGCCGAAGAUUGCAACUCUCGGGCGUACAUUGUCGGACACGUCCUUAGUGGGUAUGAUGGUACAAACCCUCUUCCCGGGCCUACCGACAUUUUCUAUCAAAUCAUUGACAGGUACUCACAUGUGAUUGCUGGUCUCUUCUGGGGACAUACACAUGAGGAUCAACAUAUGAUUUACUACGCGAACAAUGGAACGAAGAUGUCUGCUGAAACAGCGCAGAACGUUGGAUGGAUCGGACCUUCCAUCACCCCUCUAACAGACCUCAAUUCGGGCUUCCGUCUAUAUGAAGUUGAUGCUGAGACCUGGGACAUCCUUGAUGCUCAUACCUGGUAUUCAAACGUCUCAACAUACUCCUCUCUCGAUGGUCAGCUCGAAGUCGGACCCUCCUAUGUUUACGAAUACAACACGCGUCAAGCCUACGGGGGCAAUAUAUCCUGGCCUGACAAUGCCCCUCUCAACGCUACCUGGUGGCACCUCGUUUCUCAGGAUAUGGAGAAUGAUGGUGGGGCGCUUGUAGAACUGUAUAAUGCUCAUCAAGGAAAAAUGUCUACGUUGAGUCCGAACUGUACGAGUGCAGAGUGUAUCGAGGCCAAGGUCUGUUAUUUGAGGAGCGGAUCGGGAACUCUUGCCCUCGAUAACUGCAAGACUGGCUACGGAAGCGUUCAAUAAUAGGGGAGGAGUGUGAAUUCGAAAGUGUAUCAUGGAUAAGCAAGGGUAUAAUAGACAAUCAAGGGAUUAAUGGUUAUAGCCAUCGGCAUCGUCGUUAUAAUAAACUGCAAGUAGAUUUAGAUUAGAUUUAAAUUUAGAGGGAUAAAAAAGGACAAAAGGGCAAAAGGGAAUGCAGCCCGUAAUAAGGUGUAAUCACCUGUAACUUAACGUCAUUCGCAUAACAAAGCAAUAACAGGCCCG